AUGUUCGCCGCGUUGAGGGUUGACACUGACACUAGAGAGGACGCGUACCGGGUUCGAGCGACCUCGUUGCUGGGUCGACGAUUCGCGCACUCUUUCGGAACCUUCUCCCAUCACAUUCGCCGCGCUGAUUAUCGACAAGCAUAUUGUCAUCAGAAGCACCACUGCCUCUGCCGCGCCUUUCCACGUCAGCCUUCAGGAAAGAUUAGCAAGAUGGCGCCGCCAAAGAAACUCACGUUUAACUUCUCAAGUGAAGCAGCACCUAACAAUUACAUCCGUGGACCCAUCACGGGUAGACGACGCAAAAAAGAGAAGGUUGUAGAGAAUGCUGCAGUUGUGGUUGACGACGACGACUCACCUCUCUUUGAGCCCCUCGCGGACCAAAGUCCCGACCGAACUGAAAUGAAGCAUCGAGCAGACCCACCAAGGACUCCAGCUCGUCGGUUGGUAAGCGGUCGCAACGCACAAGUCCGAGCCAGCACCUACCAGGUCGUCCCGCGAACACCACUCCGAACUGGUGCUCGGGUCUAUCGUGACGAUGGAGGUGCCGAUCGUAUGAUCUGGCAACCUGGCGAUGGCGAUGGUGUGAGAGACAGCGAAUUUCCCAACAAGUCGUUGUUCAAGGAAAGAUACCGCUUCUUCCAAACUGAGAUUGGUCCUAUCGAGCGCGGCAUCAACUCGCCUCCGCAUUUCGUAGUCCUCGAUGACAAAGCUGUCUGGGAUGUUAUGCGAUCCAAGAAAUACACCGCAGAGGAAAGAGCUACAUACUGGCCUUUUGACUUUGGAUGUAAUGGAGUCGUCAGAGCCAACAGGCGUCAUAAAGGAAGAGCGGCAUUGAUCGGUGGUGAUGCCAGCGAUGGUGAGGAAGGACAUGUGCCCUGGAUCGCAAUAGGGCCUAAGAAAAACUCGACGAAAUACUACCUUGCGGGGGAGAACGGUGGUUACGAAGAAGUUGUCUUCAACUCCUCCACCGUCAGACCCAGUCUUGCAAAUCAUAUGACAACGUCCACAGGAGGCCGUAAGUAUGGAAACCCAACGAAGGUCCCGACGGCAGAGGCCACUCCAACCCUCAACAACGGAAGCAAGACAGAGUAUACAACCAAACGAAAGGCAAACCAACCCCUAAACCCUCGACACAGUCGUCCGAAGGUCGGGAAAUACCUACAUUCGACACCAUCUCCUGGAUGGCCUGGCGGCCCGACACGCCUGUUGAACAAGACUCCUGUGACGAGUGCAAGAGCCGAUCAUGAGAACUAUGCCAACCAGCAUGAUGGCUCAGAAUUGUCACCUUCGACAAGAGUUGGCGGACAAACAGUCUAUGCCCGCUACGACUACGGCGACGAACAACCCGAACGCAAGAGGGGUCGCCUCGUGACAUCAAAUGUUCGAAACUCGUAUGCUCGGACACCGUACGCGGAUGAUGCAAAGACUCCGUUGGUGGGCGCAGAGACUCCAAACCAGGGAUACCCGUAUGAAGCGAGAACUCCAGGUCGUAUGGGUCCUAUGGGUGGACCGAUGUCCUCCCACGGGGCCAGUGAAGCUUUGCCCAAUCAACAACCACCAGAUUGGCAGACCGUUCAAAGCUUGUUGCAAGAGCUUGAACAGACGCGGAAGAACUUCGCACAGGUUGAGGGGAAGUUCGCACAGGUUGAUGAAGAGCUUCAGUGGACAAGAACAGAGCGCGAACAGGAGAGGAGAGAGCUUCAACAGGCCUUGGCGAAAAUCGCACAGUUGGAGGGAAAGUGCGAACAGACGCAAUGGAAGAGCGCACAGAUGGAUGACACGCUACGCAAGCAUGAUGAGGAGAUUUUGUACCUCAUGGAGCAUGAGAGACAAAAGUCGCACAUGCCAGGCAACUGA